AUGGCUUGCGCAUUGAGAUGCAGAGUGCUGUCGUCGCACCUGUUCUUCUCGGCUUAUCAACGUGACUUGGAUGAGGUUAGCGACUUUGGGACCCGAGAUUUCGACGAGGCCUCCGACCUACUCACCCGCAGCCUCCUCUAUGGAUACCCCAAGCAUGAGCGGGUAAGUAAAAGCCGGUCGGUCCACUGGCGCUUUGAUGAUGACGCUGACACGGCGGUGCAGAGGGCAAUAGGAGACCACUUGAAAAUCAAACUGCCUACACCUUCGGAAAUUCACAAGAAGAGAGUUCAGAAGAUGGUAGAAUGGUUCAAGUAUCCUGGAAUGAGAUUCAUCUUAAAGAAGAAGAAGAAGAAGAAGUGCAAACGUGACCUGGAUGAGGUUGAUGACCUGGACGCCCGCGACUUUGACGCGCCUUACGAUCUGGAAGCCCGGCAUAUCGAGGUACUCACGGCCAGAGGUGACGAGCUCGAGCUUUCUGACCUUGUCGCCCGCAAGAUCUUGGAAAACUUAGGCACCGAGUUUUUCAUCAGCAGCCGCGCCCCAGAGAAUCGACAUGAUUUUGAUGAGGGGUACGGGUUGGAGGUGCGCGACAUUGGCAUUGAUGAGGAGUGUGAAUAG